AUGACGUCUCUGGGCGUUUGCGCACUGCGCCUGCGCGCUCGGCACGCUCCUGGAAGGCACCUUGGCCACCUGCACAAGGUGCGCGAUGGCCCCUGCGAAUUUGCUCCUGUGGUCGUCAUCCCACCCCGAAGUGUUCACAACAUCACUGGGGCCCAGGUGUACCUGUCCUGUGAGGUGAGGGCAGUGCCUCCCCCAGUCAUCACGUGGAGGAAGGUCACACAGUCUCCUGAGGGCACCCAGGCGCUCGAGGACCUGCCUGGGGACCAUGUCAAUAUCGCUGUCCAGGUGCAAGGGGGUCCUUCUGACCACGAGGCCACAGCCUGGAUUUUGGUGAGUAGCUCAUUCGUUUCAGGUUACUGGCUGUUAUUGACUGGCCCUUAUAAAGCACCCUUUAUAUUUCUAUUACAUGUUACAUGUUUCAAAGCUGGUCUUAUCCAGACCUAUUUCAUUGGACCCCAUAAGAACUCUGAGGAAAGCAGGGCCGGCAAUAUAACCCCUGCGAGCAG